AUUGACCCUUCGGCCGAUGCAACAGUGAGUAUUGAAGGAUUUGUUUCGGCAUAUAUCAUCCGAGGAGGUGUCUACGGCGACGGAACAUUGGUAAGGGUUGGUCUUCCUUUGACACUGUCCUACCAAGAAAACCGUUCUCCUGGGAGUCAAUGGUGCACGAGUCUGUCUGUCAACCUGACCGUUCUGGAGCUGAGUGCCGGCCUUUUCUAUCAAUGGGGGCACUGGUGGCACUGGGGUACAAGGCAUACCCUGUAUAAGUUUGGUAAAUGGGAUGCCAUGCAGCGCAAUUGGAAGGAGCUAGAGAGAUGCGGUUAG